UGGAUGGUAUGGCAUUGGUGACUUGGUCUUCACUUAGGAGCAGCCAGUCGUAUGUCUUUAAAAUGUUAACACACGUAUGUGAGUUAACAAAUAUGUGUUAUCAAAAAUAACGAAUGAUCUUCUCACAAACGAGUGCAUGUAUAACCAGACGCUACUGCACACCAGUCCUCUCGCCUUGCUAUGAAUUCCAUUGGAUGUCGUCUCGUGUUUAUAUCCGCCAAUACGGUCGUCGUUGUCGUCGUCAUGUACGUUGCAGCUUUCUUACUGACCAGCAAGACUCGGGUGAUGACGCUUGUCGGUAACGAAGAUCAGUCCAAGUUUGUACAAAUUCGAGAAUCCAGAUCAAAUGACACGGGAGGAUCAAGCACAAUGUAUGAUGAUGACGCAGUUGCCAGGGAAUUAGCCGAACGGGUGAGGGUGUUGUGUUGGGUCAUGACGAUGCCGUUGACCGUACAAUCACGUGUCAAAUACCUGAAGCGAACUUGGGGCCGACGAUGUAACAAACUCGUCAUCAUCAGUUCCGUAGCCAACGAAGAAUAUGGCAUCGUCGCCAUCAACGUAUCGGAAGGCAGAAACCAUCUCACUGAGAAAACCCUUGGAGGAUUCCACUACGUGUACAAACACCAUUUCGACGACGCUGAUUGGUUCCUGAAGACGGAUGACGAUACAUACGUCAUCAUGGAAAAUUUGAGAUAUCUUCUGUCCGAGGAAGAUACCAAUGAACCGAUUUAUUUUGGACAUCACUUCAAAGCGAUUAACAAAUACGACUAUUCGAGUGGCGGGUCUGGGUUUGUUGUUAGCAAAGAGGCGCUGAGGCGGUUUGGCAGGGCUGGAAAUGAUUCCAAAGUGUGUCGACAGACUGGAACAUAUGGGGACGAGGCGUUUGGUGAAUGUAUGGGUAGCCUGGGAGUUCAGCUGAAGAAUUCCACAGAUAAAUUUGGCAAGAGCAGAUUUCACUGUUUCCCGCCGUAUAACCAUGUUGCUGGAGCACUUCCCAGCUGGUUAUUUAGAUAUGACAAAAACGGAAUUAAACAGGGAGUGGACAGUUUGAGUGAUUACGUCAUUUCAUUUCAUUACGUGCACAAACAAAACAUGGACACUCUAGAAUAUUUGUUAUAUCACGCAAGACCGUAUGGCAUCAAUCAUCGCCUAAGAGACCUAAACCAGCACUAAACUGUUACCUGUCUCUCAACAUUUAUUAUCUUUCCAUCUACAGGGUGUGUACCACCAAAUCAAAUCCCACAGACGACAACGAUAACAUAUAUAUGUGGCUUAAACUCCUACCCGCAGCGUAUCAACCAAUUUGCACACGAGGCAUACAAGUACUAUCACCCCUCACGAUUAAAGUAAAUCAGAUAAAAAUGGGUUUAAGCUUCUAUAUAGUUUUAGACAUAAGUGGAAGCGUCUUUGACUGUCACACCAAAUUUGUCAUUUCUAUUUUUAGUAGAACCUCGUUCACGUUUCAGUGACAAUAUUAGCUGGUACACCGAUUCUGGUUUAAACUAAUUACACGAAUUUCUUACACACCCAUUGGUGAGAACAUCAUUCAUUAUUUUGAUAACACAUACUUGUUAACACAUAUAUGUGCGUUAACAUUUUAAAGACAUACGACUGGCUGCUUCUAGGUGAUGACCAGGUCACCAGUGCCAUGCAGCCAAUGGAAAAAAAAGAACUGUCGAAUCGAUCACUUCGUGACGUACAAGAUAACCUGAAAUUGACUUUUAACCCUAAGUGCAAGGGCAGUAAAUAGGUUUUCGUUGAAACAGGCAUUUAAAUUUAUUUUAAAACU